AUGGAGCAGCUACGACGACGCACGGUAUCAAUGAACAGUUCUGGAAGACUUUCUUCCGCGUCAUCAGUUUGUGAUACGUGCAACAUGAGUGGUUGCGUCGGGCAUCGUGUCGGCGGCAGUUGCUCUUCGAAUUUGUCCAUUGAUGAAGAGCAAAUUGAUCAGAUUGAUCAGGAAGCGGAAAAAGAAGCAUUCUGGCAUGAGAUACGCAAAUGCUCAUUACCAGCAGGACUUCUAGCAGAUUCACAGAUGAGAGGAUGCGAUCAAUUCGAGCGAAGUUAUGAAUUGGCCCAAAACGCUCGUAACAAUCGUUUUGUUCUGGGACAGAUACACUUGGAUAUUGCACGAUACCAUGAAUUGGGCCGAUUUCUGAAAAAAACAGAUGUAGUCAAUUCCGGUGUGGAAAACAUGCUAUCAGCCGAUGAUUUGGAACAUGGCGAUGAUCCUGGAAGUUAUGUUGAUUUCGACAAAGAGGCGGCAUUUUAUCAUCUUAGCAUCGCGCAACAGUGUGGCGUCUUGGAAGCGGUAAUCACAAUGGCAAAAAUGGCGCUUGGUCUGCCACAUGAACUUUUGAAAGAAGUGAUUUCUGAAGAUGUAUGGGAGGAUGAUGAUUUGGAAGGCACUGGCUUCGAGCUGAUGGAAGUUGCCGCGAAUUUGGGCGACCAUUCUGCUAUGGUGUUUGUUGCCGAGUCCUAUGAAACAGGCCGUUUUUUGGGUUCAAAAAAGAAACCGCAUUGGCCGAAAGCCGUUUCAUUUUACCAAAAGGCUUUAAUUAUCCUCAAAAAUCCUGAUUUACUGGAGAAUGGAACGACGGGUGAUGGUGGUCGUCCACGUUAUGAGCUUCUGGAACGAAUGGCGCGAAUGUACAGAGAAGGUAUUUGUUGUUUGGUUCAAAAAUCUAAUAUUUUUAAACUUCUUUACGCUUUUUUUUUCCGCACACCUUCGUUUGUCUGGAACAUGAAAUAG